AUGGCGUCAGCGUCUUCUCUUGAGGAGGACUCCUUCACUUGUCCAGUCUGUCUGGAGCUGCUGAGGGAUCCGGUGACUAUUCCUUGUGGACAUAACUUCUGUAUGAGGUGCAUUAAUGGCUGCUGGGAUCAGGAGGACUGGAAAAGAAAAUACAGCUGCCCCCUGUGCAAACACACCUUCGACUCCAGACCUGUCCUCUACAAAAACCCUCUGAUGGCUGAAAUGGUGGAGAAGUUCGGGAAGACCAGCAUCCAAGCUGCUGCUCCUGCUCGCUGUUAUGCUGGACCUGGAGAUGCGGCUUGCGAUGUCUGCACCGGUAGAAAACUUAAAGCUGUUAAGUCCUGUCUGGAGUGUUUGGUAUCCUACUGUGACACUCACUUGAGAGUUCAUGAUGAAGCUAUCCCAGGUAGAAAUCACACCAUGGUCGAUGCCACAGGCCAGCUACAGGAGAUGAUCUGUCCCCGUCAUAAGAAGGUUUUUGAAAUAUUCUGUCGCACCGACCAGAGUUGCAUCUGCUACCUGUGUACAAUGGACGAUCAUAAAGGCCAUGACACCAUUGCCGCUGCGGCAGAGUGGAGUCAGAAAAAGGAGGGGUUGGGUCAGAGCCAGAGGAGAUGCCAGCAGAUAAUCCAGUUGAAGGAGAAGGAGCUUCGGGAGCUUCGGAAGGCUUUGGACACUCUCAAGUCUGGUGCACAGACAGCAGUGGAGGAGAGUGAGAGGAUGUUUACUGAGAUGAUCCGCUCCAUUGAGAGAAGGUGCUCUGAGGUGACAGAGCUGAUCAGAGCUCAGGAGAAGGCUGAGGUGAGUCGAGCUGAAGGACUCCUGAAGCGACUGGAGCAGGAGAUUGCUAAACUGAAGAAGACAGAUGCUGAGAUGAAGCAGCUUUCACUGACUCAGGAUCCCAUCUACUUCCUCAAGAACAUGGUGUCCAUCCCUGGUGAUCCAAGCAGUGCUGUGACCAGAAGGACCUUCAGCCAAAAUCGCUUCUUUGAGCCCGUGCAGAAAUCUGUUUCUGCACUGAAGAUGCAGCUGAAUGAGAAAUUGGAUUCGAUCUUCAAGCAAGAACUAGUCAAGAUAUCUGCAGCAGAUCCUGAUCCUGAACUUCCAGUGAUGUUUUCUUUCUCAGUGUCUGAUGGCCAGGCUCUUAUUGCUGAACCAGUGACCAGAGAGGACUUCUUAAAGUAUUCCUGUCACUUCACUCUGGAUCCAAACACAGCAUACAGACUCCUCCCUCUGUCUGAGGGGAACAGGAGGGUGGGGACCAGAGAUGAGGACCCUCAGUCAUAUCCUGAUCAUCCAGACAGAUUUGAUGAUUAUCAGCAUGUGCUGUGUAGAGAGGGUGUGUCUGCACGCUGCUACUGGGAGGUUCAGUCGAGUGGGUGGGUUGGUAUAGCAGUGGCAUAUAAAAGCAUCAACAGGAAAGGAGGGGGUUUUGAGUGUGUGUUUGGAUAUAAUGAUCAGUCCUGGAGGCUGGACCUCACCAGCUCCAGCUCCUCUUUCAGACACAAUAAUAAAGACACUAAACUCCCUCUAGUGGCCAGCUCCAGAAUAGGAGUGUAUGUGGAUCACAGGGCAGGAACUCUGGCCUUCUACAGCAUCUCUGGAGACACAAUGACCCUCCUGCACAGAGUCCACACCACAUUCACACACACACUCUACCCUGGCUUUGGGGUUGGGUUAUGGGGAUCAUCAGUGAAGCUGUUGUGAGGCCCCUACAGGGUCAAUGGGUAAAUGCUGCUCAUGUGGGGCCUCUAUUU